UUCGCAUUCAGGACUUCGCUGGCUUCAGUGCAACCAAUUAAACGCAGCAUCAUGAAGCUCAUGCUCGUGGCAGCCAGUCUGGUGGCUGUCUUGGCUCUCGCUCAUGCAGAGGACGCCAAGGCGGCAGAAAAGGAAGUGGCAGUAACCGAUAACAAGGCGGCAGCUGACGAAAAGAAACACGAAAAACGUGGACUCUUCAGUCUUGGCUAUGGUGGACACGGAGGCAGUUUCGGGGAAGGUUUCGGUGGAAGUUACGGUGGUAGCUACGGCGGUAGCUACGGCGGUGGUUACGGAAGCUACGGAGGUCACGAUGAGGUGCACAAGACUAUCACUGUUGUCAAAAAUGUAGCAGUUCCCUACCCAGUAGAGAAACACAUUCCCUACCCAGUUGAAAAGCACGUCCCAGUGCCCGUUAAGGUACCAGUUCCCCAGCCCUACCCUGUCGUCAAACACGUCCCUUACCCCGUAAAGGAGGUCGUGAAAGUGCCCGUGCAUGUACCACAACCCUACCCUGUUGAGAAAAAGGUCCCUUACCCUGUACAUGUUCCAGUCGACAGACCAGUUCCAGUCAAGGUAUACGUGCCCCAACCCUACCCCGUAGAAAAGGAAGUACAUGUGCCCGUCAAGGUACCAGUGCCCGCUCCUUACCCAGUUGAAAAGAAGGUACCUUAUCCCGUAAAGGUUCCCGUUCAUGUACCUGCUCCUUACCCAGUCUACAAAGAGGUCCAUGUACCCGUAAAGGUCCCUGUCGACAGACCCUACCCCGUACACAUCCCUAAGCCUGUGCCUUACCCAGUUGAGAAACCGGUGCCUUACCCAGUAGAAAAGCCCGUACCUUACCCCGUAAAGGUCCACGUUGACCGUCCAGUGCCCGUCCAUGUUGAGAAACCCGUGCCCUACCCCGUCAAAGUGCCCGUGCCAGCGCCUUACCCCGUUGAGAAGCACAUUCCCUACCCCGUCGAGAAACCCGUGCCUUUCCCCGUGAAAGUACCAGUAGACAGGCCUUACCCUGUCCACAUCGAGAAGCAUGUACCAGUCCACGUCGAGAAACCAGUGCCUUACCCCGUCAAGGUGCCAGUCCCGAUUAUCGUCAACCACGGUCACGAGUAUGGACAUCAUGGUAGCUACUAAUGGCUGCAGGAAGCAGACGCUGUAUUGUGAUAUAUAAUCUAAGAUUAGCAGAAAAUAGCGAUCGGGGGCCCUGGGUUGUAUUAUCAAACUGAAUAGUGGUGAUCACCAGAUCUCUGGAUAUUUCAUCCCAAGACCCACGAUCGCAUCGAACUAAUAUAACUCUUUUAUAAUUUUUUAUUUGUUAUUUUUUAUUUUUAUUUUGUGAACCUGAUCGACAAAUGUUGCGUUUUUAACUUUUGAGUACAUGUACCUGUUAUGAUAGAAUGAAAUGUUUCUUUAAAAAAAAUUAUCAUUAUAAGAAAUAAAUGCUUGGCACUGCCAAAAGAGUA